GUUUUGCAAGGAGGGGAAGCUUGGUAAUGCCCGUCAGGUGUUUGAUGAAAUUCCUAAUCAUAGUUUGCAGUAUAAUGCGGUUACUUUCAACACUUUAAUCAACGGUUAUUGUAAAUGUGGCAGCUUAGAUGUGGGGUUGGAGAUGAAGGGUAUCAUGAAGCACGCUGGAAUUGCAGAGGAUGUGUUCACUUACUCAAUUUUGAUUCGGGCAUUUUGUGUGGCGGGAAAGUUGUUAGAUGCCACGAAGAUGUUUGAGGAAAUGUGUGAAAGAGAUCUUGUACCUAAUAAAGUCUGUUUCACCAGUCUGAUUGAUGGGCAUUGCAAGGAUGGGAAGGUGAGGGUAGGAAUGGACAUUUAUAAGGAGAUGAUCAGGAAAGGAGUUGAACCAGAUUUGAUCACUUUUAACGCUCUUGUGAAUGGGCAUAGCAAGAAUGGGGAUUUAUUAGAGGUAGAGAAGAUUAUGGAGGAGAUGAAGAGAAGGGGUUUCAAGCCAGACAAG